AUGCUCCCUGCCCCCAGCUCCAGCACUAGUCCCCAGGAUCCCGAGCCUGUAGCAGGAAACCGGAGGACAGAUACUCCGCCGCCACCUGUGCCGCCGAGGUCGCCGCAGCCGCCAGCACCGCCGCCCAAGGACGCGCCGAAAGACAAGCCGAAGGGCAAGCCUAAGGACGUGAAAAUGGACAAGGCUGCCGAGGCUGCAGCGGAGAUCGGCGAAGGAUCCGGGGGUUGGGGUGCCGUAGCCUCGUCGUCAUCCACCCACGAGUCCCCGGAAUCCGCGGCGGAGCAGACACCGCAUCCAGAGGAGAUAUCGAGGGCCAUCGCAGUCUUGACCCAGGCUCUGCGACCGCAGACAAACCUGGACUCACCGACUGCAGAUGGUCUGGAGGCCCCUCAGCUGCCCGCAGAGAUCGACCGCGCGCCGACCUAUCGAGCCCGCGAGCCGCCCUCCAGCUCGCCAAUCCCGGAGAUACCUCCGGCAGUGAGCCGUGCGCCAUCGUACCGGGAGCGAGAGGAUGUUCCCGGGCCCUCCACCAUGCCAGCGCCAGCAUAUCGCCGUAACGACCCCGGACCCACCAGCAUCGUCGUCCCGCAGCCCUCUCGCGCUGCCAGCCGUGCCCCGUCGUAUCGUGAGCGAGACGCCGCUCCACCCCAGUACCAGUCCGAGUGGCGAGGCUCGGCUAGCAGCCUGAGCAGCUCGAGCUCCAUGCGGUCCGAGCGCAGCGUCGGUGGGUCGGGGCGCGUGCGCGGACCCCGCGGCCCGCGUACUUCGCGUCCUUCGCUCAAGCGGUGA